UACCAGGCGGAUAUACAGAUUGCAGCUUCCUGGAAACUUUUAGAUGAAGUUGGCGAGAUUUUAGAAUGUUUCCAACGAGUUGAGUGGAUUCAACACAGACACCCACCCCCACCCCCCGCUCCUGUUUCCAAAGACGGAGGUCCGUUCGUGCUGAGGUGGGGGGGCUCCGUGGACCGCAGUCCCGAGAACGAACAGAAGAUUCGUUUCAAGCCGUCCGACAUCGUCCUGUGGACGUGGACGUCAUUGACGGGGAUGGCACGAGCCUGAAGUCCGCGCGCGGUGGGUCUGAGCUCCGGAUCGUCGGUCAGGACAGGUGUGGGGUUCUGGCUGCCAUGAUGACGAUUCUGGCUGGUGGGGGCGGACAUGGCUGCAGGCCCGGAGGCUGAGGAACAAACCCAGUCCGGUCAGGAUGCACACAGCCUCUGUGGGCGUCAGCAAACUCUGCUUCCUGCUGUCGGUGGCGCUCUGCUGUCUCCUCCUCCUGCUCAUCCCGGCGCUCCAGCCCCCCCCGCAGGUGGACCGGCCUCAGCCUCGACCCCAGGUCAGACCCGGCCAGUCGCGGCCUGCCGAGGUCUCAGCUGGAGCUUACAGCCCUGGAAAAAGACCUUCACCCUUAAAGCUCAGUGGAGGCUCAGUGAAUGAAGGAGAACUCGUCAGGGCUAAACCGACCCAGGCCGCAAAGACGGGCCCUUUUCCCAGAUCCAGGCCGCUGGAUAAGCUGGAGCUGAAGGACAUUUUCAUUGCAGUAAAGACCACUAGAAAGUACCACAAGUCCAGACUGGAGCUGCUGAUCCAGACCUGGGUGUCGCGAGCAAAGGAGCAGACCUUCAUAUUCAGCGAUGGGGACGACAAAGACCUGCAACAGAGGACAGGAGUGAACCUCAUCAACACCAACUGCUCCGCCGCUCACACCCGCCAGGCUCUGUGCUGCAAGAUGUCUGUGGAGUACGACAAGUUCAUCGAGUCCCAGAGGAAAUGGUUCUGCCACGUGGACGACGACAACUAUGUGAUCCUGCCCAGCCUGCUGCGCCUGCUGUCCUCCUACCACCACAGCCAGGACGUCUACCUGGGACGGCCCAGCCUGGAUCACACCAUAGAGGCCGCAGAGAGGGUGAAGAGUGAUGGAUCGGUUUCUGUCAAGUUCUGGUUUGCCACAGGCGGGGCGGGGUUCUGCAUCAGCCGAGGUUUGGCCCUGAAAAUGAGCCCCUGGGCCAGUCUGGGGAAUUUCAUCAGCACCGCAGAGAAGAUCCGACUUCCAGAUGACUGCACCAUCGGUUACAUCAUAGAGGCGCUGCUGGAGGUCCGCUUGACGCAUACACACCUGUUCCACUCUCACCUGGAGAACCUGCAGAAGCUACCUGUUGACACCGCGCUGGAUCAGGUGACUCUGAGUUAUGGAGGCUUUGAGAACAGAAGAAAUGUGGUCGGCAUCGGAGGCUUCUCGCUGUCUGAGGACCCAACAAGGUUCAUGUCAGUCCACUGCCUCCUGUAUCCAGAGACCGAGUGGUGUCCGAAGGCCCAAGCUGGAGACAGAAGCUGAACGCUGUGGGACAGCUCCCGCAUGGCACCGAUACAUGGACCCAUCCAUCCACCCACCCACCCUUCACCAGAACCCGCUGGAUCCAGUGUACGGACACCAUGGUGGCUGGAGCCUAUCCCAGCUGUUACAGAAUACAAACAGAUGCGAUGUGCCGAUGGAAACUGGAGCUUUAGUCCCCACACCUACUGAAUGGGUGCAGCAGUGAGAGGUCUUCUGGACCAACCCCUGUCCAGAUGUCAGGUACACUCCUGCUGCUUUUUAAUCGGUGGUGUUUCUGGACAAUGGCCUUUCUGCAGAGAAUAACCUUUGUGAGGAUCUUUAGGUUGUUUUUUUUUUAUAGUCUUUUGAAGAAGGUUCCUCCUGAAUGUAAGAAUGUUUGACCUCAGCUCCACCUGGAGACCACGAUGAAGCAGCAGAAGGCGGAGCAGUGAAGUCAAUGCCAGAUUUAUCUACAAAGUUUUUCCCUUCGUUGAAGUUUGUCAACAGGCUUUUGACCUUUUUCUUUUACAAUGUUCUUCUCAUCCCGUCCUUGGAGGCUUUUUUACAGAGAUGGUAGCUUCAGGUGUUUCUUACAGAUUUGUCAGGUCUGUGGACCUCCAGCUGGGGAUGAAUCUGUGAUCCUGAGGUCUGAAAAGAGCUGCAGUGUCUCAUGGGAAAGCUGCUUUCAGAUCUCAGUGCGACUUGUUUUCAGAAGACGAUCAAGUUCCUUUUGUAGGAACGCUUCUCCACGAUCCGCUAAACCUCUCCAGAGGAACAGGACUUCAUGGCCUGCGAUCUACGGUCAGGUCUACAAAGCCAGUGCAGGCAUGUCAGAGGUGGAGCUGUGGGUACAGGCACAUCCUGGUUACCUGAGGGCACAGGUACCCAGGAUGUGCAGGAUUCUGGCUGAGCUGUGGCUGAAAACCGGACGAGCAGACUUUCCCACCCUGAACCCCUGAACUCCUGGAAGCCUCUUUAAAGUGGAAAAGUUACUGAAGAGGAUGAGGUUUCGUGAAACGACGGCGCCGACAGCUAAGCGCCAACAUUCCAAGAACAGCGAGGAAAGUGAAGCGGCUGCAGGGUUUGCUGCAGCACCCAUGAAGGACAAAGAAAUCGAUGGUUUUUGCUCAGCAAGUCGUUUCUAUUUAAUUUACAUGUUGAAGUAAAACAUUGCAAAAGCGAACAUCGAGGCGGUACACAGAAAACAGACCUUUUUGUUAGCUUUGCGGUUAAUUAUAAAGCUCCAUCAGUCCGGUUUCAUUGAACUCCAUCAGCUGCACUUUGCCUGCAGGGUUCAGUUCCAGCUGGUUUGUAUGCAGAAAACAGGAGCUGCAUGCGUUGAUCUUCAUGUUUCCAGUGAAUUUUUCUUCAUCGAGUUCAGCGAUGUGUUUGGAGGAAAGACGUUCCCGUUUCAUCCGUUUCUGCAUAAAGAUGAACUGUGGUCUUUGUCUGCCUGUAAUCGUGUCAAAUCCGUUUCUCCUAACAGUCCAGGCUGGGUUCCACUGCAGGUCAGUGAAUCCAUCGGAUGUGCUUCUGUCAGUCUGACCUUUUAUGUGUUCCAAACUGAAUAAAGGCAUCCGGAGCAGAACCAG